AUGUGGGUCUCGGCCGCCCUCGGAGGCUGGUCUUGUGUGGCCCUCUGCCUGGCUUCCUGCUCAGCUGCCUUUUCCCAUGGUGCUGGCUCAGGGGCCUGUGAGGAUAUGCAGCCCAAGCACAUUCAAGCCCAGCCUCAGGACCCACAGACCCACCACAUCACCAUUCACACCGGCAGGUCUUCCUACUCACCGGGUGACACAGUUCCAGUGACCAUGAGGAGCAUUCGAGAUUUCAUGGGAUUUCUACUUCAGGCUCGAAGAGUGUCUGAUCAUCAAAUAGCUGGCACUUUUGUUUUCAUUCCUCCCCAUUCCAAAGCAAUGGCUUGUUUUCAAGAGGCUGACACAGUCACGCACUCUGACAAGUCCCGGAAGAGAAACCUGUCCUUUGAGUGGAAGGCCCCUGCUCAACCUGUGGGGAACAUCACAUUCCUUUUGUCAGUUGUCCAGUCAUAUUUCAUUUACUGGGAGAGGAUCGAAUCAUCUGUUGUGUCUCAACAGACACACCGCGGAGCCCACGUUGAUGGCGGCGAGCAGCCCAGCUCACCGAUGCCAACCUCUGGCUGGAGGCGGGAGGGAACCACCCCAGCUCCCAGUCCCCCCAGCGCUCUUCCCCAGCAGCGUGCGAACAUCUUUGCUAUUGCCCCAACUGGAGCUGCAGAGGAGAACAGCUUAGAUCCUUUUCCUGCAAGUUUUUGGGUGACAGAGUUUUCUGGGGAUGCAGAGACUCUGUUCCAAUCAUCUUCACACAUGGCUACUGCAGUCAGCAAUGGCCAGCAACUCAGAGGGGACAGCAACCCAAUCCUAGAACCAUCCCUGGAUAUCCGUGGGCUGGAGAGAUUCAUGGCUCUCAGGAGAUUCUUCCCAGAGGGCAUUGCUUCCAGCCCUAGAACCCACCUCAGGACUCAGGAUGAUCCAAACUUUGAUUCAUUGGAAACUUGCCUAUCCUCAGAUAGGCAUGAACAGGACAGAAUGGAGUCCUCUAAUAGGACCAUGAUGAGGCCUCCUCUGUCCACUGCCCAUCUUACCUAUCCUCGGCACCUCUGGUCGUCUGAAGCACUCACUGGGAAUGGGGCUGGGGCAGCCACCCCAACCCCUGUCUUCCACACCUCUGCCACUUCCAGGUCACCUGCUGCUGGUGGGCAAUCAGAAGCAUCGAGGCCUUCUGCCAGCUUCUCACCUCAGUCAAAGCGCAAGGAGGCCAGAGUGCUUGAGGAACAUGGAGAGGGCAGAGUGGGAUACCCCAGGAAGACCAACCCAAGGCCUGAGGUUGGGCAACAGGGAGCCAGUGCCCCUUCAGGGAUCCAGCUCAGGGCUCCCCGGCUGGGAAUCCUGCUUUGUCUUUCCGCCACCUUGGGCAUGGCCCUGGCUGCCUGCCUCUGCUGUCUACACACCCAGUAUUGCCACAAGUGGACAGAAGUGUCCUUCAGUGAGCCUGCUGGGGAUGCUGUUGCCAGGAGCGAUGGUGGUGAGACAGUCCGUGUCAGGAAGAUUGGGGAGAACAGUUUUGUUUUGGUUGAAGCAGAAUACAACUGGACCCCUUCCUCUGUGGGUAACGAGAAAACAGUCCUCUGA